AUGCAUACAGAUAGCUAUGGGACUGAAUCAGCAGCAAUAGGCAGAGGCAGCAGUGUGACUGGACCAGCAGUAGUUAUAGACAGCAAUGUGCUUGAACCAGCAAUAGAUACAGAAGAUGACCAUGUGAAUGAUAUAGCACUAGAUUUAGCUGAGAAUGUCAUCGCUGCUGCUCUUAAUAUUGUGGAAGAAGAUGAUGAAUACACCAUCAGAAACAUUAACUGGCUCACACAUGGUGAAUUCACACCAGAAAAGUGCCGUAGACAAAUCGAAGACUUCGUUACGAGUUGGGAGUAUCAAGAACGUUGGGUUCACUACACAAAGUUGAUAGAGAUAAGAGACCUGGUUCACAGCUUCCACUACAUCUACUCUGUACGCUGGAGUGUCCCAACUUCUCAGACACCCACGGCAUUCAGCUCUGCCUUUGCCUUCUUCACCGUCAAGUUCAACAAAAACAAACCUCCGGAUGCACCCAUUGAAAUCUCUUAUAGCUUUGAAGGACAGUCACUAAUAUACAGACCAGGAACGACUCGCUUUCGAGAAAAUUGGGUGAAGGAAAUGGUUGUGGCCAAACAUAAUAUAAUGAAGUCAUUUCCCUUCUAA